AGUGCGCUCAGUCAGUGAGUCAGAGGCAGGCACACGGUGUGAAAACACUGACCACUCCAGCACUACUCUUCCACUUUCAACUUCAAGGUCUGCUGCCAGACAUGGACAACAUCUACGAAACACUAGAUCACGAAGAUGUGCCCGCAGGACGCGAUCGCGUCGAGCCCAAAUAUGAGAACUCGGGUGAGGCGAGGGAGCAGCUGUACAGCGAGGUGCUGGUCCACAGGCCGUCUCAGGAGGAAGACCGCAGCUCCCCGGAUUACAUGGAGAUCAGGGAAGGGGGCAAACACAGCGACUCCUCUUCUUCAUCCAGCGACGACGAGGACGCUAAAGCGAGAAAGGAAAAAGUGGAGCCCCAGCCUGCGGUGGAAGUGGAGGCACAGGUGCAGGAGGUGAGCGGUGAGGCGCACAACGGAUCCAGGCGCUCAUCCUCCUCCUCAGAUUCAUCCGCCUCACCCGGAGAUCCUUGCGACGACCCGCCGUUUCAGAGGAAGAUCCAGGAAGAGGAUAACGCCGAGGAUGGGAUGAUGAUGGCCUACAGCUGCCCUAAAACUGACCCCGAGCCGCAGGAGUCUGUCGACUACACGCUUAAAACUCUGGAAAGUGUCUCUUUGGAUGAAAGCAGCUCUGCGCCAGCUGAUCCCAACCAGCCUAACAUCGCCCUGUACAUUAAGGCGGGCAGCGAUGGAGAAAGCAUCGGCAACUGUCCCUUCUCUCAGCGCCUCUUCAUGAUCCUCUGGCUCAAAGGAGUCAUGUUCAACGUCACGACCGUCGACCUCAAGAGGAAGCCGGCAGAUCUGCACAACCUGGCUCCAGGGACGCACCCUCCUUUCCUGACCUUCGAAGGAGAGGUCAAGACAGACGUCAACAAGAUUGAAGAGUUUCUUGAGGAGACACUCUGUCCUCCAAAGUAUCCCAGACUGGCUGCCAAGCACAGAGAGUCCAAUACAGCUGGAAACGACAUCUUUGCCAAGUUCUCAGCCUACAUCAAGAACACCAAACCAGAAGCCAACGCUGCUCUAGAGAAAGGUUUAACCAAAGCCCUGAAGAAGCUGGAUGACUACCUUAACAACCCAUUGCCAGAUGAGAUCGAUGCAAACAGCAUGGAGGAGGAGAAGGGCUCCAACCGAUGCUUCCUGGAUGGGAACGAGUUCACUCUGGCAGACUGCAACCUCCUGCCCAAACUCUACAUAGUGAAGGUUGUUGCUAAGAAAUACCGCAACUACGACAUCCCAGCGGAAAUGUCGGGGGUGUGGCGCUACCUGAACAACGCCUCCACGCGUGACGAGUUCACCAACACCUGUGCUGCUGACACUGAGAUCGAGACCGCCUACAAAGACGUGGCGAGGAGACUGGCCAAGUAGCCUGACCUGAGCGCAAGGAAAAAUAAACCGGCAACACACAUCAUAAAGAAAACAUCCCCCAUGAACGUAACACGCGACUGUCCUUUGUGAGAUCCUCGUCUGUCAUAAUAAACAAGUCCGAUGUCUUUGUUUCAGCUCCAGAUGUGGAUGGACUUUAGCUACUCGAUGCACAGUGUGUAUGGUAUUUCAAUCACCUCGGCAGAGACACGGCAAAGCAGAAGUGGAGCAGAAGAUAAAUCAAACACAUUUAACAUGAUUCGCAUUUCAAAGCCAGGUUCCAACGUUGCUGCUGUGAGACUUCUGACAUAACUCUUUUCACUCAAAUGUGAUUGUGUCUGUCUGUAUUUAUUCCUCAUAACACAAAGCUCCCUUUCAUACCUACUCUACCGCACGGCCAAACAUUUUACUAGCUGCUGAUGUCGAGGUCGUUCACUUUAUUUAUUCCCGAGCCCACAUAAGUCUAGUCUGACUCCAGUGUUUAUUAUCGGGCUCUGGCUCCUGGGGAGACACCUUGAUUCAUCUAUGAUUGAUGAUUGAUGCUAAUUGUUUGCUGAAUAUGACUGUUCCACUCUGCAGUUUCAUUUUCAGUUCAUUACUGUGGGUGUUGCUGUAGUUUCUUUUUCUUUUCUAAUGCUUCUGAAAAUUUGAUGUAAAGGCAAAAAAAAAAUAUAUUAUUCAAAUAUAUGCUCGACAAAAAGAACAAAUGUACCUAAUAUGGGCAUUAAAAGUUUAGAACGAGGCUUGUUUCUGAACUGCUUGCAUGCGUGAAUGUCUUUCAAACCAAUUCGGAGCCUUCGGAAAUAUGAAAACUCCACAGAUACGUGGCUUUAUUUGGAAGUAUGAGAAAUCCAUGCCAAUGUCACUGAUGGAUUCAUUCUGAAAAAUGUAUUGCAGCCAGAGCUGGGACGUUUGUUUUGCCUCAAGCUAUUAGUGUUCAGUCUCGAGUAUUGAUUUUGUCUUAAGUUACGCAUGAUAUUAUAAAUGGAGAGAGUAUUUAUUUAGCAGCCCCAAUCAGGCCUGAUUAGCCAGAGCCAUUAGUGCUGCGAUGAAAAGCGUCUUCCAGGCCAGGUCCGCGAUGGUCAGGAGCCCUGCCCUCCAGCCCUUCAUCAGAAAGACAUUUCCUCCUCUCUGAGGACUUCAUCAACAUCCGCAGCCUAAAAGUUAAAGUUCAAAAGUUUCAUUGUCUAGCAGAGAACAGAGAAAUUUGUCUCGGGGCUUAUCGUCUUUGGCUUGCUGUCGGGCUUGCAACUAUAGCGCGACUUCCUUGAAGAACCAUAAGGCUCUUGUGUGGUUUGGACAAACACAUGAUAUGAAACUGGAGCAUGAUGACUGAAAGGCUUUCUCAUUGCAAAGCUCUACAAAUAAAAUAAUAUUUUCACAGA